UGAACUGUGCAUCCCGCGGGUUUCCGGUCUUGGUGUGGGUUGCCGGAGCGGGAUGGAGCGGCGCUGAAAGGCGGCUCCGCGGCGGGGAUAAACCUGCAAACAGAGCGGGGAAAGCCCCGGGGCUCAAUGGGCUACCAGAGCUGACACCCUCUUUCCCCCCCAUACCCGGAACAAAGGGACAAUGAAGCUCCUGAAACCCGCUUGGGUUAAUCACAAUGGCAAGCCUAUAUUUUCAGUGGAUAUUCACCCAGAUGGCACAAAGUUUGCUACGGGAGGCCAAGGGGAAGAUUCUGGAAAAGUUGUCAUCUGGAAUAUGCCACCUGUCGUUAAAGAGGAAGAUGAGAAGAAUGAAAAUGUUCCAAAGAUGCUGUGCCAGAUGGACAACCAUUUAGCCUGCGUCAACUGCGUGAGAUGGUCCAACAAUGGAGCUUAUUUAGCAUCUGGAGGGGAUGACAAGCUCAUCAUGGUGUGGAAGAGAUCAGGAUACAUUGGACCCAGUAGUGUUUUUGGUUCCAGCAGUAAGCUUACCAAUGUGGAGCAGUGGCGAUGUCUCACCAUUCUUAGGAGCCAUUCAGGCGAUGUGAUGGAUGUAGCAUGGUCCCCCCACGAUGCCUGGCUUGCUUCCUGCAGUGUGGAUAACACCGUGGUUAUAUGGAAUGCCUUGAAAUUUCCAGAGAUAAUUGCUACAUUGAGGGGACACUCCGGCUUGGUGAAGGGGCUGACCUGGGACCCCGUUGGGAAAUACAUUGCCUCUCAGGCUGAUGAUCGGAGCCUGAAGGUCUGGCGGACUAUGGAUUGGCAGUUAGAAACCAGUAUCACCAAGCCCUUUGAUGAGUGUGGAGGGACCACCCAUGUUUUACGUCUUAGCUGGUCACCAGAUGGCCACUACCUUGUGUCUGCUCAUGCUAUGAACAACUCGGGACCAACAGCCCAAAUCAUUGAACGAGAUGGCUGGAAAACGAAUAUGGAUUUUGUUGGACACAGAAAAGCAGUUACUGUUGUGAAAUUUAAUCCAAAAAUCUUCAAGAAGGAGCAGAAAAAUGGGAGUUCCAGCAAAAGCAGUGGCCCUUAUUGCUGCUGUGCUGUUGGUAGUAAGGACCGCUCGCUGUCUGUAUGGCUCACAUGCUUAAAGAGACCCCUGGUUGUAAUCCAUGAGCUGUUUGAUAAAUCUAUUAUGGACAUCUCAUGGACUCUCAAUGGACUGGGUGUUUUGGUCUGUUCAAUGGAUGGGUCAGUGGCUUAUCUGGAUUUCCCACAGGAUGAACUUGGAGACCCACUGACCGAAGAAGAGAAGAAUAAUAUCCAUCAAAGCACCUAUGGGAAGAGUCUGGCCAUCACAACUGAACCCCAGCUGUCUACCACUAUCAUAGAGAAUCCAGAGAUGCUAAAAUUUCAACAGAAGCAGCAGCCACUGCAAGAUGUGGAGCAGAGAGUGCUUGCUCAGAGAGGUUGUUCUCCAGCACCAGCAGUGGCCAGCAUGGUAAAUGGUGAGAGUCUGGAAGAUAUCAGGAAGAAUCUUUUAAAGAAACAAGUGGAGACCCGGACAGCUGAUGGUCGGCGCAGGAUCACGCCUCUGUGCAUAGCCCAACUGGACACUGGGGACUUUUCUACUGCAUUCUUCAACAGUAUUCCAAUAUCAGGAUCCCUCGCAGGCUCUAUGCUGUCCUCUCAGAGCAACCAGCAGCUUAUAUCCUUAGAUUCCAAUACAACCAGCUCAUUAGGUGCCCCCAAAACCAGUCAGGAUCCUACAGGCAACGUAAAACCAGCAGAGGAGACGGCCAACAAAGAGAGCGGGAACGCUUCCUCCGUCAGUCCAGCUGCACCCCCAAGUCUUUCUGCCCACACAAAAAUUGAGCCCAUGAAAGCACUUGACUCCAGAUUCACUGAAAGGUCAAAAGCCACCUCAGGGACAACAGGCAUAGCUCACUUGAACCAGUCAGUUGGAGACAGAAUAAAAGAGCAGAACACUGCGAAAGACCAGAAGCCCACCCGAGACCUCCUAGAAAGCAGCAGUGACAGCGAGGAAAAAAUCCCUGCAGCCAAACCUGUCUCCAAACGUAAAGCAGAAGCUGACGCAGACCUCGGAGAAAAGAGGAAGAAAGGUCGACCUCGGAAAGACUCGCGGCUCAUGUCCGUCUCUCUUGCAGUGCAGUCUCAAGCUGCCUCAGCAUCAGAGAAGGAAUUAAAUUGUGUUGCAACACCAUCGUUCGUACUCAGACUCCCAACUCCAGCCUCCCAGAAAUCCUUCAGCUUGCAAAUAACCACCGACCCCUCAAUAUACAUUGAGGUGGAGAAUGAAAUUAGAACAGUUGGAGGAUCUAAACUCAGCCGGCUCAAGUGUCUACGGGAAGGAAAAGAAUGGGAGACUGUGCUUACGAGCCAAAUCCUGGCCGCUGCCGGCAGCACGGAUGUGGUGUGUGUCGCCUGUGAGAAGCGGAUGUUGUCCAUGUUUUCUGGCAGUGGAAGGAGAGUCUUCCCACCCAUCAUCCUGCCUUCACCCAUCUCCACCCUGCAAUGCACAGGAUCCUAUGUCAUGGCUCUCACAGCUGCUGCUGCCCUAUCUGUCUGGGAUGUCCAGAGCCAGACUGUAAUCAUUAAGAAUGAGUCUUUACAGCCCAUUCUAUCAGGGAAUGACUUGACUGUUUCCCACACUUUACUGACACAGAGGGGUAUACCAGUGCUCAACCUGUCCAACGGGAAGGCCUACUGCUUCAAUCCUGCACUCUGUACAUGGAACUUAAUAAAUGACAUGCAGGACUCCAUGGCGCAGUGCGCAGAUUACAUGAACUGUAUGUCCUCACAGGAUGGCAUCAUGUGCUCUGGACCUCUCUCCAUCAUUCAGGGACGAACGUCCAACAGCGCUGGCAGACAAGCUGCACGCCUCUUCACAAUGCCUCACCAAGUACAGCAAGAGACCACCAUGGCUUACCUUGAGAAUCAAAUUGCAGCCGCCCUUAUACUGCAAUCCAGCCAGGAAUAUCGAUACUGGCUGCUCAUCUAUGCACGGUACCUAGUCAAUGAAGGGUUUGAGCAGAGGCUGCGAGAGGUUUGUCAAGAGCUGCUGGGUCCUGUCCAUAACUCUACAGGAAGCCAAUGGGAAUCAAGAAUCUUAGGUUUUCGCAAGAGAGAGCUGCUGAAAGAACUCCUACCACUCAUUGGACAGAAUCUACGUUUCCAGCGUCUUUUCACAGAGUAUCAAGAACAGCUGGACAGUUUAAGGGACAAAUAGCAUUGUUUGGUUCACAUCCUUAUCCCCUUCAUUCAGAUUCUUAUGUACGAGAACACCUGCUAAUGCAGAAACCUGGACCGCAAGGCAGCUUUCACUAAGAGAAGCCAUGGUGCUGAAAGGGGACAUGCAUGGACAUUGGUGUCGGAAUGGAAGCUUUUCUUCUUCUUGCAGCCUCCACAAGCUUAUUGUGCAUCAAACCCCCAUUAAUCCUGUCUUUCAUGGUUCCUGGAGAAUGGAAGAUUUUUGUUGAAACCUUAAAAAUUGAAUGAGAGAAUGUUGGCCAAUGUUUGCAAAAGCACAGUUACAUCACUUUAUACAUUUGAAAGCCAUUGUUUCCCACCCUGCCCAAUGCCACCCAGACUUCUGUCCCCAUACUCAACAAGACCUUGCACUAAAUUUUAUGACCGUAUAUAAAUAUGAAUGUUUGCAGCCAAAUUUCACCUUUUUAAAUACAAGAAGAAUGCAAGUCUUUGUUGUUGCAUCAGACUUUUCUUUUUGUACUAGAUUUUGCUAACUUGUAAUACUCUUCAUAGGCCAACAACCAAAACCUAUUUGUCUGCUGAAUGUAGGAAGCUCUAGAGAGCUUUGUUAUAAAAGAAUAUCCUACAGCUGACUGUCCUCAUUCAGUUUUUAAUAUUUAAAGGUUUGUAAAAGGCAAUUUUGUUUUUAUUUUAUUUUUUUUUUCAUUCCUUUUUUCUAAUUACCAAAUAAAACAAAAGAAACAC